UUUGCAGCCUAGCAGCAGAAAAGACGGCGUAAACAAAGCAGGCAGUUACAGAUGAGCUAACGCCAAGUAGCUAACGUUUCGUGAGUAAAAUGGUUAACGUGGCAGCAUUAGACGGCAUAUCGACACGUUUUAUUGGCGAAGACAGCAGUUUUUUAUGAGGUAAAAGAGUCACUCGUGUCCUGAGGCUGAAAACAUACGAGUUAACUAGAGACCGUUAACGCUAGCUACAUUAGCUUCUGCUAACCUUAGAUAACGGGAUUUUGUAUAUGUAGAAAUUGGUGUUAUUCAGGCUAACAUUUGUCGAUUACACAUGGUAACAGCCACUUAAAUCACUGGAGUCGGUGAGCGAGAGAAUUCUAAAGGGUCCUAGUAUUGAAAUAAGUAUGAGUUAGCUCGCCAUGUAGCAAAUUUAGGUCAAGAAUCGAUCAGCUGGCUAAACCAGGCUGGAUAGCGGUGUGACGCUCCUGGCUAGAUGACCACUUGAUCGCAGUCGCCUGGAUCGGACUGCGAUGUUUAGCCUGAUGGCGAAUUGCUGCAACUGGCUAAAGCGAUGGCAAGAGCCUGCAAGGAAAGUGACUCUGGUGAUGGUUGGACUGGAUAAUGCAGGAAAGACUGCCACAGUGCGAGGAAUCCAAGGAGAGAAUCCCCAGGAUGUGGCUCCCACAGUGGGCUUCUCCAAGGUUGACCUCAAGCAGGGCAAGUUCGAGGUGACUAUCUUUGACCUGGGUGGCGGGAAGAGAAUCCGCGGCAUUUGGAAAAACUACUACUCCGAGUCACACGGUGUGGUGUUUGUAGUGGACUCCAGUGACGUCCAGCGGAUCCAAGAGACACGGGAGACCAUGGCAGAGGUCCUCCAGCACCCACGUAUCGCUGGCAAACCCGUGCUAGUGCUUGCCAACAAACAGGACCAGGAGGGAGCUCUGGCUGAAGCAGACAUCAUUGAGAAUCUGUCGUUAGAGAAGCUUGUUAAUGAGAACAAGUGUCUCUGUCAGAUCGAGCCGUGCUCUGCCGUGAUAGGCUAUGGGAAAAAGGUCGACAAGUCCAUCAAGAAGGGCCUCAACUGGCUCCUCAGCAACAUUGCCAAAGACUAUGAGGCCAUUACUGAGCGCGUGCAGAAGGACACGGCUGAGCAGCGAGCUUACGAGGAGCAGGACAAGAAGGAGAGAGCGGAGAGAGUACGGCGGAUGCGAGAGGAGAGGGAACGGCAGGAGCGGGAGGAGGCGGAACGAGAAGGUCGACCGAUCCAGGAAGAGGAGCCUGAUGAGGAGAACUUUCAGAGCCCCUUCCAGCCAAUCGGAAAUGUGAUUUCUGAGAACGAGGAUAAAGAAAAGGAGAGGAAGAGGCAAAGGGAGCUGCAGGAGGGCAGCACAAACAGCCCGAAGGCAGAUCGGGAGGAAGACGAGGACGAGGAGGACAACGAUGAAGAGUCAGAUGAUACGAGACAAACGCCAGAAAACAACAGCUCAGGUUCAGCCUCAGCAGGCGAGCAAAGCAGGAAGAAGACGAGCAAACUGCACCUGAAGAGGAAGCACAGAGUCGACCCGCUGAGGACGGAGGACGCAGCAGCAGAGAUGCCAAUGCCUCCGCCUCCUCCAGUGGGAUGGGCCACACCCAAAGUGUCUCGGCUGCCAAAACUAGAGCCACUCGGGGACACGAGGCAUUCUGAAUUUUACAAGAAGCCUCUCCCGCCCGUCGCGAAUAGGCCGCGGCCUAACGGCGACGCUCAUGACGUCAUUUUCUAACCUCCUUUACAGAUUGAGAGCGACUCUCGACCAAUCACAGCUCUCUCCUUUGCUUUCUUGUCUCAAGCGAGCGGUGUGUAGACAACCAAGCUAAAGCGACGGAUGCGGGAGCCGGUGAAGUGCGGUGGACGCAAAAAAAAAAAAAGACGACGUCAAGUCCUGCUCGGAAGCCGCAAUUUGCUUUCACAAACUGACACGAUUCAGUGUGAAACGUUUGCCUGAACAUUUGAUGCUGAACUCUUCACAAACUUUUAUUUUUUAUUGUUGAUAUCAGUGUUGGAAAGUUUGGACUCCAUGUGUCCGACUGAAAUGCUUUUAAUUGACAAAGAAUGUAAAUAUAACCAUAUAUAUGUGUCUGUUACUGAAAAACGUAUUUGUACACACGCCGCCAUUAAAACAACCAUAUUUAUAUCAUUUAUUUUUGCAUUUUGAGAUUUGUAGUGUCAUGUGAUCAUGGAUAGAUAGAAAACUAGUCGUCUUAAGUGGCUUCUCACAGCUGAGUGCUUUAAAUUUGACCUUUUUAAAGUCAUUUCUCUUUUUACAACAGAAAUGUAAGACGAGGAUGAGUCACAACUUCCCGCAAAUAGUGAUUGAGGAGAUUGAUGAACAGGUGAAUAUUAAGCUGCACUGUACUGUACAUGGAAAAGUCACACUACAUCAUGAUGGUCAAUCAGCUGUUUUUUUAUUAGGAAUGAAUGUCUGUAAUGGCCAAGAAAAGAAAAACACAAAUUUUUUAAAUCUGUAAAAGGAUACAUUUUUUGUCUCCUGCCAGCAGUAUGACAAAAAAAUCUUUAUUUACUGUUAAAAAUGUAAAAAAAAGAAACAUAUUUGUCUUUCUUUGGCUACAGGGCUACAGAUUUUUUACGCAUUCCGCUGUUUACACUGUGUACCUGGUUCUAAAGUGAUAUUUCUCUGGAGGCAGGAGUCGGCCUCAGACUUGCUGCCUUUCAGCUGCCCCUGAGGUGAGAACCAGCACUGUUGUUGUUCCAGCGUUUCUGUCUCUGCCUGCUACACCCAUUUCCACUUUGAAACACCUCAAAAUAGCUAAAAUUGCAUCGGGAAAAAAAAACAUAAACACAAAUCUGGAACUUGGAACACUCCAUUGCCCCAGUUAAGUUUCUUUGUAUGUUGGAAGAGUUUGCAGUGGGACGAUAAGGGAGGAGGAAAUAUCCCAACACCGACACCUGGAACAGCCAGUACUGGGUCAGAACACAUGAGAGUAUGCGUAGCAAAAGUAUGAAAUAUCACUUUAAAACCACAAUAUUGUAUUUCAGAUCUAGAGUACGACGCUCACUCUCUUGUGUUUGAGCUAGAUGUUUGACAAAAAUAUUUUUUCUACCUUGUUUGAAUUUUGCAACAGCACAAUUAAAGAUGUUUUAAAUAUA